AUUCAAAUUGGCCGCCAUUUAAUAUUCGUGACAUGGCUUCUUGAACGUUGCAGCUUUUUUAUUGUAUAGCAAUUAGUAAUGAAUUUGUGAUAGUCAUGUGUUAAUUUUGUAGACAAAAAUAUAUUGAAUCCGCUCGAAAUGAGAUUGUUUUUAAAUCUCGGAAUAACUUCAUCUAAACGAUUACUAUAUAUCAAUACCAAUCUAUUAAAUCGUUCUUCAUGUUGGAGAAAAAUGGCGACCGAAGUGGAAAAAGCUCAAGUUGCAGCUCCUACCGGAGAUACAAUUUUCGGAAAGAUACUUCGUAAAGAAAUACCUUGUAAUUUCAUUUAUGAAGAUGAUAAGUGCGUUGCAUUUCAAGAUAUAAAUGCUCAAGCACCAGUGCAUUUUCUAGUAAUUCCACGAAAACCAAUUUCACAACUUUCAAAAGCCGAAGAUGCGGACGAAGCUUUGUUGGGCCAUUUAAUGCUUAUUGCCCGUAAAGUGGCGAAGCAACAAGGCCUCGAUAAUGGUUUUCGUUUGGUUAUCAACGAUGGAAAACAUGGUGCACAAUCGGUAUAUCAUUUGCAUAUACAUGUUCUCGGUGGUCGCCAAAUGCAUUGGCCCCCAGGUUAAAAAAUUCUAUUUCAUUUAAUGCAAUUCUAUACGCAGUUAUAAAUUUUAAGAAAUACCUUUUGUCAAUAAUAAAGCAUUGAGGAAAAUAUUGCUUAUACGUCAUUAUUUUUAUUACAAAAUUAAAAAUAUUCGAAAAAUGUU